UUCCCGUCGUUAUUUUCUUCUUCUUAAUUCUCCCUUCUUCCGUCGAUCAUCUCUGAAUCAAAGACCGGAGAAAUUUCGUUUCCGGAAACGAACAAAAAGAUUUUAAAACCCGGAAAAACCACGUAAUUCGAGCAGUUGGGUUAAUUUUUUUCAGUUUUCUUAUUCUGAAUUUCGUGGCGUUUAUUUUUGUUGUUGUUGUUGAGAAAUUGGGAGCUGAAUUUGAGGAAGCUUAGGGUUUUUGAGAAAGAAAAAAAAUGGACGGGAGUUGGGUUCUCUAACGCUUAAAGAAUUUCUAGAAAAGAGAGACAGCGAAACGACGCCGUGUUAGGGAAAGAGAGAGAAUGGAUUGCCGUGUGAUAAUGGCCGGCGGUGAUGUUUGGAUGAGAGGUCAGAUCGGAGGGGCUUUAAGCCAUGAGAGCGAGCACGACCUGGCUUUGAUGGUCAGCGAUUUCUUGGAGAACGGUAGCGCCGGCGGUGACUCUUGGUGUAGCAGCGAUAGCGAUUCUGCUCAUCUCUCCGAUCUCGCUCACCUCGCCGAUAAGAUUAAGUUUUACAAGUGCUCGGUGGCUCAGUACGAAAGUGAUUUGGCAUCAGUGGUUCAUUCACUUAUACUAUCCAUCAGUGAGAACAAUCUUCAUCUUGUCAAGUCAGGUCCAUGCAAUGCCAGCUGCCUCAAGUCAACUCUGGUAAAGCUUCUCAGGCGCUCUGGUUAUGAUGCUGCUGUGUGUUCGGCUAGAUGGCAUGGCAGUGGAAAGGUCCCUGGAGGGGAUCAUGAAUAUAUAGAUGUAGUCAACCACAGCGAUACAGAGAGUUCUGAACGUCUCAUCAUUGAUAUUGAUUUUCGAAGCCACUUUGAAAUAGCUAGAGCUGUUCAAUCAUAUGACAGGAUAUUGAAUUCGCUGCCGGUUGUUUAUGUGGGCUCCUUGACUAGGUUGAAACAGUUUCUUCCAGUUAUGGUUGAAGCAGCUAGAUCUUCCCUCAAGCAGAACUCAAUGCCUCUUCCUCCGUGGAGAUCACUUGCUUAUUUGCAAGCAAAAUGGCAGUCACCUUAUCAGAGACACUUCAAUCUAGAUGAACAAAAUGGUAAUGGUGUAUUCUCUUUUGACCACAAACAAUGCAGUGGACAUUUGAAGAUGCUGCAGUCACUGCUUCAGUCUGAAAUAGAAGCAGAUAGACUGUUAAAACCCAAAAGCAAUGAUAAUAACAGGAGACACAAGCCUGUGCGGAGUUACUCUUUGUUCCGGAAUCUUUGAGAUGUACAGAUUUUUUGCCUUUGAGAUGAGAGAAUUGUACUGCGGCUUUUCAGAAUUUUUUUUCCUUAUGACAUCGAAUUAAGUGAGAACCAGAAUGAAGGGCAGAGGUCCAUAUCAUCAACAAGAAUUAGCAAUAACCUGAGGCAUAUACUAUACUGGAGACAUUUUCAUUCUUUUGUUUCUGCUGGGGAGUCUACACUACAUUCUUUCACCUACAGUGCACCAACCAUCAAGCAAUGCUAUCUGGUUUUUGGAAUCACUGCUGGUACAAUCCAGCAGCAUCGCAGAACUAUUUGGUAUCCGGUUGAAUAUGGUGCACCAGUUUUGUUUUUGUUAUUUGAUAUCUUCUUGAAAUGUAUCCCUUGUCCUUAUUUUUGUUGGCCAAGGAAUUUUAGUCAUUGUAAUCUUUUUUUUUGUUUCUCCUUGUACCAAUGUUGAGUUGCUUUCCUCCCCCAGUCAGAAUGUUAUCUUGGAGUAUAAUUUCGUUUUUACACCCAAUAAAUACAAUAAAGUUUAUGU